UGUCUGGUGCUCCCAGGCUGAGGAACGGUGACCAGCAGUCAUGGCUCACUUUGCUCAGAUUCUGGAUGAAAUAGGUGACUUUGGUCGUUUCCAGGUACAGAUGAUGAUCCUGUUGUCUGUCCCCAACUUUCUCUCUGCCUUCCAGGUUUUUGGCAACAUUUUCAUGGUCCGGGAUGAGGCCCACCAUUGUUCGGUGGCCUGGGUCAAGAAUCAUACUUUCAACUGGAGUGCUGCUGAGCAGCUUGCCCUGAGUGUGCCUCUGGAUGCUGCAGGUAGGCCCAAGUCCUGCCUCAUGUUUCGGCCACCCCCUGGCAAUGCCAGCCUGGAGGACAUCCUCAGUCACCGCUUCAAUGAGACACAGUCUUGUGAAACUGGCUGGGACUAUCCUGAGCAUAAACCCCAAUCCCUAGUGAAUGAGUUCAACCUAGUUUGUGAUCGAAAGCACCUGAAGGAAAUCUCGCAAUCCCUGUUCAUGGCUGGACUCCUCAUUGGUGCCCUCCUCUUCGGGCCCAUCAGUGACCGAACUGGCCGAAGAGGCUCCUUCUUGGUGCAGCUGCUCCUAUUUGCCAUCACUGGCCUGGCCAUGGCCUUUGUGCCCAGCUUUGAGCUCUACAUGGCCCUGCGCUUUGCUCUAGCUACAGCUAUUGGUGGAUAUACCUUAAAUAUUACCACCCUACUUUCAGAGUGGGUGGGGCCCUCAUGGAGAACUCCUGCUGUGGUCCUAUGCAUGGCCACCUUUGCCCUUGGGCAGAUGGUGUUGGCAGGACUUGCCUAUGGUGUCCGAAAAUGGAGGCUCCUUCAGAUCUUCAGCACUGUACCCAUCUUGCUGCUUUUCUUCUACUUCUGGGCUGUCCCAGAAUCUGCGCGGUGGCUCCUUAUUCAGGGGAGGGUGGAGGAAGCCACGCAAUUGGUCCAGAAAGCGGCAUUAGUCAACAAGAAGAAACUCACCACAGAGCUCUUAAACCAGAUGGCCCCAGAAGAGAAAGACCCCUCGGGGAAUGCCUUUGAUCUUUUCAGACACCCUCAUCUCCGGAAGGUGACCUUGAUUCUUAGCUGUGUCUGGUUUGUGAACAGUCUGGUAUACUAUGGACUCAGCUUCCAAGUAGGGGACUUUGGCAUGGACAUCUACCUAACACAGCUAAUAUUUGGAGCAGCUGAACUGCCUUCCCGAAUUUCCAGCAUCUUCUUAAUGGACAAGUGUGGCCGAAAGUGGAGCCAGUCUGGGUCCCUGAUUCUGGGUGGCCUCAUGUGUAUUAUCAUUACCUUCAUCCCAUCAGGUCUGCCUGAGGUGGUCACUGUGCUGGCCAUGGUAGGGAAGCUUGCUAUGGCUGCUGCAUUUACCAUCUCCUAUGUGUAUGCUGCUGAGCUCUUCCCCACCAUUAUCCGGCAAACUGGCAUUGGCCUGAUGAGCAUCUUGUCAAGGAUCGGAGGCAUCAUCACCCCACUUGUAACUCUGCUGGGCGAGUACCAUGUGGCCUUCCCCAUGCUCAUCUUCGGCAGCCUCCCCAUCGGGGCUGGUUUGCUCUGUGCCCUGCUGCCAGAGACACGUGGCCAGAGCCUGAAGGACACCAUGGAGGACCUGGAGCAGAGGUCUUGUCCACGCAGGUCUCCAAAGGCAGCACCCCUGGAAAAAGAGACGAAGACCACAGAAAAAUCUUCCAGCCCAAAGGUGGCCAUUGUGAGCAGCUCGUACUUCUGAAUGUAGUUCCUAAGAGCUGGACCAUCUGUAGUGGAGAAUACUCCACACAUUCCCUGGAUAUAGCCAGGACCCAUGAGGAGGCAGGCCUAAGAUCAGCCUUGCUUACAAAGACAACACACCAUGACCUGGUCUUAACCCCAGCCACCCACUUUUGAGUUCAAUCCAAGACGCAUCUGUGAUAGGACCUCCAUACUUCCACACUCUACCUCUCGUCCCCAGAGCCCCAUCCCAAUACCAUGUCUGAAUUAAGGAUUGUGGGUGUUUGCUGGGCUUUUCCUGUACUCUGAUAGUCUUGAAAGAAAGGGGAGUGCUACAGUUUCCAAGAUGCUCUCAGCCUGGAGUACCUCUGCCCUCAAAAUAGUCAAGCCCAGGAUAGAGCACAGGGUAGGAUCUUCUCCAGUUGCAGAAGCAAGCAGAGGAAAUAAACUGUGAAGACAUGGA